UCGCAGGGCGGCGGGGCGAGAGAAGAAUCAGAGCGCAAGAAAGGAGAACGCAGUUUCGUCGGAAGCGAACGGUGCCUCCCUUUUCCUUGCAGGCUGAGAAUCUCCAGAGAGCGAUUGUGUGCUUUUGCCGGCGGAUGGGCCUCGGGUCUCCAGAGGGGAGACAAAGACGGAGGGACGAAAGGCAACACGACGGGGACAAUGCAUCCGUGGGGAGAAAGAAAGAAAAGAAGGAAACGAGAAGAUAAGGAGAGACCGAGACGGCUAGGAAAGCGACUUCGUUUUUCCCCUUCGUAGAUGCUCCCGUUCGCCGCGAUCUUCUCGUCCUUUGUCUUUCGUCUUCCCCCUCUUUCUCGGCUCCGAUUGUCCACAGCCACGUAGUGUCCUCUCUGUUUUCUUGCCGCAAAGGCUGCGUGUGCCGAUAGGGCGUCAGUUUUUUGUUUCCUUCUCCCUGUCGCAACAUGUCUCUCGGAAGAGCUCUCUCGACCUCGACAUCUCUGUCCUGUGAGAUGCACUGCAGAGGCUGCGUCAACGUCGCUCGACGCACUCUCUUCCUCCCUUCUUCUCCUUCUUCUUCUCUUCCUCUUUCGUCUUGUGCUUCAGCCCAGAGUCUGUGUGUCUCUUCGUUGUGUCCUGCCGCUUCUCGCUGUGUUAUGCCGCAGCUUCGGGGGAUCCCUGCCUCCUCCCCUCCAGCAUCGGCUGUCGACUCGAGUCUGUCUCCUUCUCCGUCUUACGUCUCUCCCUCUCUGUGGCCGAGUUGCUCUCCUUCGCCUUUCUUCCGGAAUUCUCUCCUCGCUGCCUCGAGUUCUCCCGCCUCGUCUUGUGCUCUCCGGUUCUCUUCUGUCUCUCACCCGCGGUUGGCAGCUAGCCGCGAUGCGGAGGGGCGCACAUCCACAAACUCUUCUUCUGUGUCGCCUUCAACCUCUUCCAAAGAGGCUGUCUUUCUUCGUUCCUUCGAGAGCCGCUACGGGGCCUUGAGGCAGGAAGAUCGCCUGAAAAUUCUCGCGGAAAAGCGGAAAGAAAUCCUCGAUCUCUCGCCGCUGCCUUGGGAGAGAUUUCGGCCGGUGAACUUGGACGCAGAGCUUGCAGGUCAGCGUGAAGAGGAGAAGCGACGGGAGGAACGACGCGCGAGUCGCAGGGACGAACUGGAGCGGGACAAACCUGCUCAUUUGAGGAGACACAAAGUCAAGGCCCAACGCCUGAGACAGGAAGAAGACGACGACCACUACAUCACGUCGGCAAAUUUCUCGGAGCCCGUGGAACUUCUCAGCCUAGCGGAAGAUCUGCACAAAGCAGAGAUCUACACACAGACGACGGAGAAACUCGAAAAGCAGUGGCCUGCGGCGGGAGGCGUCGCAAAGGGCAUCCAAGGCGACCAGUUCUUCGACGUCAUGGCGGCCGCCGUCAGAGAAGAUCUGCAAGAUCAGAGUCGGCCGGUGCUGGUGAACGAACUCACCGACCACGAAAAUCCGUACUGCAUGAAGAGAGAGGCACUUCGUCGCCUUGUGCUGCACGCGUGUACUCGGAACUGUCUCGACGAAACGUUGACUGACACGCUGCUCGAUAGGCGUGCUGACCUCCAGAGGCUCCGAAGCAAAGCCCGCCUUCCGCCCGAGGUGUUGGAGCCUCUGGCAGCGUUUGUGGGAAUCACACGAUUUUCCUUUGACCGAAGAGCACGUCUGAAUCAAAAGGUGACGGCAGUGCAGCAUGCAUUGCGACAGAUUUCUCUUGACGGCGUGAACACGGCGGAACUGGCAGAAGGGCAGGACGAACCGACGAUGGACGCUGAAAAGGUUGAGGCAGUUUUGAGUGUGCUGCCCGAAAACUUCCCUUCAGACGCACUCCAUCCUCACCACCCUUUCCGGAACCACUUUGGGUUCGAGUCUUCUGUACCAUACGGAGUCGUCGGGUCGAUAUCGAUGGGGAAAGGCCGGAAGAAAAUCGAAAAGGAACUCGCAAGGCUUCGAUAUCCGACUCUCCAGCGCGUCGCCCACUCUCUGCCGAAGGAUUUGAAAUAUCGAGAGAGCGUCGCUCACGCCAUUCGCGUUCUUGAACGAUCUCGUGGAUGGGAUUUUGAAAGUAAAGUAAAGGCCGUCAACGCUCUCGUAGAAGUCUGGAACCGGCUGGCGCCAGGGAGAACAUACGAGAAGAUUCUGAACCACGCGUUCCCUGUCUUCAGAGGAAGAGGAAUGGUGAAGAAGACUCGUUCAAGGGCCGCGGUCUUCAAUAAAGGAUUGAAAUAUAUUCGUUCUCUCACAACGCAGAAGCCUCUCCACGCACGACUACAGAAAAAGAAAUGAGAAAGGAACUAGGACGAGCACCGAAGAGUGCUUGUUCGCUCCAUUGUCUCCUUUUGCUAAUCCAGCAGAAAAUGAAACGUUAUACACCAGAGAGAAAGAGAGUGGCGAAAGCAGGUUCAAGAGGCGAUGCAGUCAUGGUCGUGCUGGAGCACUUCUUCGUGGGUAAAAACAGCCCACGAGCAGAUUUUUCUUCGUGCUUUUCUCUAUUCCUGCCUAGAUACAUGCAUCUGCAAAUACGCGCAUGCACUGCAGAAAAGACGUGUUUCCCAGCAGCGAACCCUUGA